GCCGCGCCGCGGACGGUGCGGGAAGGGGGGGGGAGGACGGCGGGGGACGGCUUCGCCCCGCCGUGCCCGCGACCUGAGCGCCUGUGGGCGGGGUGCGCCCCUGCGCCGGGAUAAAUAGCGCUUUCCCGCGGCUGACAGCCCGUCCCCGGGGCGCUGAGCAGCAGCGCUCCUCCGCCGCUCGCGGGAAGGGCCGUGGUCUCGGAGGCUGUGCUCUGGGGCCCCGCUGCUGCCCCGACCUGGGUCUUUCGUUUGUCUUUUUUUUGUUUCUCGGGGAGAGACGGCGAAGGGGGAGGACCAGGAGCCAAGUGUUUCCUCUCUCUCUUGCCCCCUCUCUCUCUGCAGCGCAGGGGAGAUGCUGGAAGCGGCUGUGAGUUUGCAGCACCCGAGAAAGGGAGCGAGAGGCGCGUGAGCUACUGCCGGUCUCCGCGGCAGCCGCUGCCCCGCGGCGCUCCGCCAGCCCCCUCCUCUCCCGGGCAGCCGCUCCUAGCCCCGCACACAGCCGGCGUUCGCCGCCCCUCGCUGCCGCCGGACCAGGCUGCCCACCCCAGCGGCUCAGGAUGCAGUUUCGCCUUUUUUCCUUUGCCUUGAUCAUCCUGAACUGUAUGGAUUACGGGCACUGCCAAGCCGGCCGCUGGAGACGCAGCAAGAGAGCUAGCUAUGGACCAAAUCCAAUUUGCAAGGGCUGUUUAUCUUGUUCAAAGGAUAAUGGGUGCAUCAGAUGCCAACACAAGUUGUUCUUCUUCCUACGAAGAGAAGGAAUGAGACAAUAUGGUGAAUGCUUGCAUUCCUGCCCAUCAGGGUACUAUGGACUCCGAACGCCAGAUAUGAACAGAUGUUCAAGAUGCAGAAUAGAAAACUGCGACUCCUGCUUUAGCCGAGAUUUUUGUACCAAAUGCAAAACUGGCUUUUACUCGCACAGAGGCCGCUGCUUCCGAGGAUGCCCCCCUGGAUUUGCAGCCUUGGAAGAGCUUAUGGAAUGUGUGGAAGGUUGUGAAGUGGGUCAGUGGAGUGAGUGGGGAACUUGCAGCAGAAAUAACAAAACAUGUGGAUUUAAGUGGGGCCUGGAAACGAGAACAAGACAAAUUGUGAAGAAGCCAGCGAAAGACACGAUACAGUGCCCAACCAUUGCAGAAUCCAGACGGUGUAAAAUGGCCAUGAGACAUUGUCCUGGAGGAAGAAGGCCGGCAAAAACAAAGGACAAGAAAAAGAAGAAAAAUAAUUUGAUGGAAAGGGCUCAGAAGCAGCACAGCAUCUUUUUAGCAACAGAUAAAACAAGCCAGUAAAGACUUGAUUUUCUUUAAUAUAUAUUUUUGCAAAGUGCACAAAAGCUGCUAUAUGCUCCUGCCCGUGGAUGCACUAUGAUUCAGCUGCUUUGACAGUAUUGGUGGCAAAUAACUUGUGAAAAAAAAAAGCCCACAAGCCUGUUUGUUUUAUUUAUUUUAUUUUUUUAUUAUUUUUUCCUCUCAUUUUUGACCUGAAGACUUCAAGGUCAGAAGUGCACUGAGUUGAAUCAGUGGAAGUGGUGCUGAAGUGCGUCAAAAAUUUUGUCCUGAAUGCCUGGUCAACAUGUUGACACAGAAAGGAAGCAGGAAAGAAACAUAGGUAUCACCAUUAGAUGGACUUGUGCAUAUUUAAAUAAUAAUUAAAAAAAGAAGUCUUGGAAGGUGUAGGUACUAUUACAUUUAUGGCCUUUGUUUCCUGUAUCUGUACAUUUCAAGAGUAAAUGGGUAUGAUUUACCUACUUAGUGUUAAUGUACAUUGUUCUCAGCACCUGCUACAUUGGAACAGUUGUAUAAUAAAACUGCUUUAAGACAAUAUACCACAGGAAUUACUGCUUAGUCUUACAGAAGCACAACAGUCUCUGUGUACAUAUUACUCUGUCUACAUAUAAAUGAACGUAUUUACUGUGCAUCUAUGCAUUUUUAUGUACAAUACUUUAUACAAGUUUAAAGUUAUGCCCUGUUGGUUCUACUAAUAUACUUUAAAAUAAUCCGGUAAAUGUUUACUUUUUACUACAUUUUAAAUGUCUUCUCCUAUUUCCCAAUAGUUGCAAACUGGAUUUUUUUUUUUCCUCAUUUGUAAAGCACAUUCAGAUGGCUAAACUACCUUGUACUGACUCUUGCAGUGGAGUGUCAGCUCUGAAGUGUACUUGCUAGACUAGUAAACUGCGAAUCUUUUUUGCUAUUCUGUACUCCUAUCUCAGCCUCACUGCAUUUUGUCUCAGAAAAAGAAGUGUAACUUUUUUUUUUUUUUAAGAUGAGGCAAAAUGACAAUAGUUGUUUUGAGUGUCAGGAGAGAAAUUAUAUGGAAAGUUCUUGGUAUCUAAGAUUGUAUGAGUAGUUGUUUCGAUUUGGGUUUCUUUUUUUCAAAUAUAAUGCUGUGUUUUAUUUCUGUUAGUUCUGAUCCAAGUCAAAUUCAGCAAAUACUUGAAAACGGGAGAAACAAAAUAAAAAGCUAUGUGAGAUCAGUCAUUCAAAAGUACAGCAAACACCAAUGUUCCAGUAUUGUCAGUUAUUUGUAGGGGUUUAGCAAAUUUGAUCUGCAACUGGUGUUUGUUUUCAGGGGUUUUUUGGGAGAAGUGGUGAGAAUCUUUUGUGUAGGAAGUUAAAAAGGCUCAGGAUGUGUAAUUUGGUAAUCUAUCAUUAUUUGGCUUGCAUUCAAAGAGAUUUCUGAAUAUCUGAUGAGAAAAGCCCACACUAAAAUGGUUGUCAUUGAUGUUGUCACUUAGAGGAGUUAUUCCAGUUCUAGGACUAAAACUUGCGUGUGACCUACACAAAGCAAGGAAAAAGUAAAAAAGACCCUGAACCCCUAUAGGACUCUUUUUGACAUAUAUUUCAGAAAAAUUCACAAAUAUCAGUUUUAAUUUUAUGGUUAUGUAGUUAUAAACUAGAGAAAUAAAGCAUCUGUUAAGCACAAAUAUAUCUGUAUUUAGCUAGGACAAACACUACUACAAAAAUGUGCAGUACUUAGGCACAUUUGAAUGUUCCAUGAAACCACUUGUGGACUUCCAAGUCCACCAAGAGGUUUUCACCAUCUUUUAUUUAGAAUAUUUUUAUAUUUAUCUACAACAUAAUAAUGUUAAGGACAUUAAGAUUGUUCUGAUCCUGGGCUGCUAUUUUGGACAUUAAACGCUCACUUUAAAAAAACCCCAAAUCUGACAUCAGGGCUAUAGGAAUUGCAGCUGCCUGUUUGCUUAUUGGUUAUCAAAUUUGGUUAAGUGUGGUGAAUGCCCUCAUACAAUCCUUUUAGUAGUGGUUAAAAAUAUUGUAUUAGGCAUGCCAUGAAAACAAUGCUACAAAAGACAAUAAAAUGGUGU